AUGAUGAGGUCAUCCAGACGCCUGUUGGAUGGCGCCAAAAGACCCAAGGUCUCUAGAAUUGGCCAGUUGGGAUCUCUACCAUCUUUGACUAGAAAGAUUAGUACUACAACAUCAGCGGAUUUCGCUUUGACGACCCUUCCAAAUGGCGUCAGAGUGACCACCAACCCCAUUCCAGGCCAUUUCUCAGCCAUGGGUCUUUAUAUUCAUGCUGGCUCAAGAUUCGAAUCAGAAAAGUUCUCUGGAGUGUCUCAUAUUAUAGAUAGAUUGGCAUUUAAAUCGACUACAUCUCGCAGUUCACAACAAAUGGAGGAACAUUUGCAGGAGUUGGGAGGCAACUACAUGUGUGCCUCUUCAAGAGAAACUCUUAUGUAUCAAGCUUCAGUAUUUCAUGAUCAUUCGGAUCAGAUGUUUGAAGCGCUUGCUGAUACAGUCAAGAAUCCCCUAAUUACAGAUGAGGAAGUGGCACAACAGCUAGACACGGCAGCUUAUGAAAUCUAUGAGAUUUGGCAGAAACCAGAAUUGAUUCUUCCAGAAGUUGCUCAUAUGACUGCAUUUAAAGGUGGUUUGGGAAACCCAUUACUAUGUCCCGAAGACAGAUUGUCAGUGAUAGAUGCAAAGUUGAUUCGCGAGUAUCGAGAUACUUUUUAUCAACCAGAUAGAAUAGUUGCCUCAUUUGUAGGCGUUCCUCAUGAAAAGGCCGUAGAGCUCGCUACCAAACACUUGGGAGAUUUAAAAUCCAACCCUAAGGCUGCUAGCUCUAUUGAUAAUCAACCAUCUAUUUAUACAGGAGGAGAACAGAUUCUGCCACUUCCUGAACCAAUUGGCAAUCUGCCUCAAUUUUAUCAAUUACACGUUCUGUAUCGUGGCGUAUCUAUCGCAGACGAUGAUGUCUACGCUCUAGCAUGUUUGCAAACCCUGCUUGGUGGUGGAGGUUCUUUCUCAGCCGGUGGUCCUGGCAAGGGAAUGUAUUCUCGUCUGUACACAGAUGUGUUGAACUGCUAUGGAUACAUUGAGAGCUGUCUUGGAAUCAACCAUUCCUACUCAGACGACGGCUUAUUCGGCAUUUCUGCUUCCUGUAUUCCAAAUGCUGCACCCUACCUCUCCCAAGUUAUCGGACUUCAACUGUCACUUCUUAUGACUAAAGGACAAGGUGCUCUGAACUAUACAGAGGUCGAGAGAGCCAAGAAGCAGUUACGUAGCUCUGUUCUGAUGAACCUCGAGUCUAAGAUGGUUGAGCUUGAAGAUCUUGGCCGCCAGAUUCAACUCAACAACAAAAAAGUGCCUGUUGCCGAGAUGGUGGAAAAAAUCGAUGCGCUGACGGCCGAAGACCUUCGUCGUGUUGCCGAGCGCGUGCUCACUUCGAGCCCACCUACCCUCGUCAUGCAAGGAGCUUCACGAGAGGCGUUCGGCGAUGUCCAAGAUACCCUCAAACGCUACGGUCUUGGCGGCGAGAUCAAGGAAACCGAGCCUGCUAAGACUUCCUGGUGGAAAAGAUAG